UAGUUCGGUAGAAGGAAUAGUUCCUACAUUAAACUGCUCACAACAACAUCUGUGGAUUAUCUUGAGUAACUGGGUCAUGAUUUCUGGAAAGAGACAUUGCUGUUGAGUUUUUCAAAUGUAUUUUUCUGGCGCUUUGAGGACCCCAAGCUAGCGCCAUCUAGUUUCAUUAGAAAGAGAGAAGGCAGACGUCUCUACAGCUGAUAUCUCCAACACUCAGCAACUCACACCAAAACAAUCUAGACUCAUUUACAGCACCAAAGUUUCAGUCUUUGAGGCAGUCCCAGGCAACAUGGUUGGCAGUGGAUUUCAGUUUGAUUAUUUAGACCCAAAAUUUCCUUCUGGUGGAAACCAUUCAUACUUUUUCAUUGUUGGUCUGAUCCUUGUUUACCACACUAUACUCUCCUCUCAAGCUUCAAAUUCAGGGAAAUGCACUGUAAAGACCAUUGCAUCUGUAUAUAAGCAAUGUGACAUUCACCAAGAUGGAGUCCAUGAUUUAGAGUGUUUUUAUAAAACACGUGGUAGCGUAAACUGCAUGUGGAAACCUGGAAACCAUGCAUCAGAAAAGACAUACACACUCAUCAUAAUACAACCACCAAAAUAUUGCAGACGUUACUACAACAUCACUGACACCUCUGAAGAGAUCUCAGUAUAUGAAAGUAUCAGUAUGACCGUUGAGGUUUUUGAAAAGAGCAGCAAAUCCACAAAUUGUACAAAAGCAGUUUUCAGAGGGUUACCAAAAAGAAUGUCAGUGCAAUGUGGUCCUCCACAUAUCGUGUCCUUCCGCCGCCAUUCUGGAACACUAGUCAUGAAUGUAAGCUGGCGAACAAAGGCCAUCACAGAUUACUCUGUGAGAUAUAAAGCCCUGGACAGCCUGUUAUGGAACGAGACAUCCUCCCGAUCCCAGAAUAGAGAGAUCUGUACUGUGAAGGGUCUAAACUCCUCGCUGGUCUACACUGUACAGAUACAGUGUGUCAACAAUGAAACCUGCUCAGAGUGUGCAUGGAGUGAAGCCUAUACUGUCCCAUCAGAACUGACAACACAGCCUGUCAUUGUCAGCCUUGAGGAUACUGACAUUGCAGGGGCAAAAGGUCACCGGCUGCUUUCUUUAACCUGGAAGUUUUCUGCCGAAGAGCUGCAUGACCGCUACUAUGUGACAGUCGGGAAAGCUUCAGGAGAGGCCCCACGUGAGCAGAUAAACGUCACUAAGCCUGAAAUCCGACUGAAUCUCUCAUAUUCAGCAUAUCAUCUCAACAUCAGUGCUGUUAACAACGUGAGCACCUCCCCAGCUGUAAGCCAGGCAAUACCACAGCGAGAAGACAUGCCCAGUAUGAGAAAUGAGAAGCUGAAUGUGACAGUCCACAGCAAUACAUCUUUCACUAUCUACUGGAAAGACAAUCUCAUCAAAAAAUAUGUCUGCUAUUCUGUGGAGUGGAUAAAGAAGGGACAUAAAGUCAACUACAAGUCCUUUUAUGAGAACGCAAACAACUAUAGGACUUUAUAUCAUUUACCAGAGGGUUUGGAGCCAUAUCAGAGAUACAACAUCACUCUGCACACUCGGCCAGACAAGGACACCUGCAACAUGAAGCGCGUCAACAACAGUGAGAACACCUAUGGGAGCACACAGUUUUAUUUCAUUGAAGGAUCUCCAGUCAGUGGUCCUGCAAACAUCAGCAGCUACAAUGUAACGCUGAAUUCAGUGGUGCUGAAGUGGUUGCCCAUCCCAAAGGAAGACAUCAGAGGUUUUCUACUGGGUUACAUAAUCUACUACACGGAGUACCACCACAGGGGGGUGAGCACAGAAAGAUAUAUUACAGUGGAUCCAUUGUUUAACAACUAUGAACUGGGAGACCUCAAGAGUGGCACAGCAUAUCAAGUCCAGAUAUCAGGUUUUACCCGGGCAGGAGAAGGAGUACGAAGCAAAGCAACAUGUAUCUUUAAAACAAAUGAAGGAUCUUUUAAUUUCAGUGCUGUCAUCGCAGUCGUCGCAGUUGUGGCCUCUGUGCUAAUAUUUGGAUCUCCAAUAAUAAAAAGAGCUAAAGUCAUCCUUUGGCCAAGCAUACCUAGCCCUGGAAACAGCAAUGCCAUGCAGAAAAUGGAAGGUCCCUUUGAACGGGAACUACUAGAGUCCCUCAACACUCUGAAGGUGGAGGAAUGGGACACAAACAGUCUUCAGAUAGUAGAAAAAGAAGAUGUGAUCCCUGCUAGCACUCUACCAUCAAUGAUACCGCUUCUCCACGCCUCAGAAGAUGACGUAGACUCACCAGAAAUGACUUGUAACUGGAUCCAAGGGGACACUGAGGAUGCAACAGGAGAUAUCUCACCUGACAUUACCACAGAAACAUUACCGGAUGUCCAACGGACAAAUCCCCAGAGUUCUCCUUUCACCUUUUCAAGUGAUUACACAACAAUGGAGAUGUUUCAGCAGGGGAUGCCUCCAGGCAUACCAGUGAAUACAUCAGUUAGUCAAGCCAUGGAAAGCGAACCAGAGGACACAGACUUGACUGUGGUAAAAUCAGGACUGCACUAUAUAGGGCAAUUUAGCACCAGUCCGAACUCGGACAGCAAGGAGAUGUUUUGAUUUUGUGAGAACAGUUUGGAACUGGACUGUGGAGACUGAAGAACACAGGGUCAUAAGAACUACUGUGCAUGAAUGUUUGAAUUAAAUGAGUUCUUUUUGGCAGUCCUAGAGAACUGGAGGUGCACUGUGAGGGAAAUCCGCACUACUUGAACAUUCUCCUCUGUCCAUUCACAUCAACAUCUCUGCUCAUUUCUGUACUACUGUACUACUCAGUGAGCAUUAAUGUGCUGGUUUAAAACUUUGUAAUGCAGUCGUUGGACUUAAUACAUCUCCGUCCUCAUUUUUGGUACUUACCAUAAAACUUCAAUUAAAAGCCUAGUCCCAAUUAAACACCCAGUCCCUUUUACUAGCCCGGCUUAGCUACACAUUUGAAAAAUAAACGCCUGUCACAAUCAGACAUGAUUUUUUUAAUAGAAGUUCUUCGGAUGUACAAAACCGGGUUGUUGGCUACCUCAAAUUAUGUGUCUAUUCCAAGUUGUGAGUAUUGUUUUAACAGGAUAAAGGGGUGUUGUGUCGGUAUGCUGGGUGCCAUAAUCCUUGAGUGCAGUAACUCUCUCUCUCUCUCUCUCUCUCUCUCUGAUGCACUGUCUGCCAGAGCCAGAUAAAAUGAAUGAUUCAUUAAUGAUAUAUUAUCUGAAGCCUAAUUUUUAAAAAAGCAAUACUCAUACUGGUUUAAAUAAACAAUCUGAUUGUAUUUCCGGAUGUUUGCUGGGCAACAGUUUUGUGUUCAAGGAAUAAAAGGCCUG